GCUCAGCUCCGUUUGUCUCGUCGUUUAUGCUAGUGAACUUUACGUUUUGCCCGGGUUUUCCACUGUGCUCCCGAGUCUAUUUACCACCAAUUUCUUUUUUGGACUACCUGCUAUCAGUCUUGUUGGUUCCCUACGGCACUCCGUGCCUGUAUUAUCCUCCGUGGCUGCUAAUUUUAUCUUAGUGCCACGCCCUUUUUGUUCAGAGCUCUGUAUUCUACUGGCCCCUGCUGCUACCAACUUGUAUUUGUGGAGUUGGAGACACAGCUACUCAUUUUCUAUCGAAGGUAACCUUUGCCAAUUGUCUGCAUUUCAUCAUGACCUUUUUUGCUUUUCAGUUGUAUAUUACGAGGUGGCACUCGACACUCCUUUCGUGCCUGGGUGUACCCACUGGCCUUGCUGCACUUUGUUGGAGUUCGUGCUGCAUCUCGUGACAACCACUCAACCACUGCGUGUCUGCAUCCUAAAGCUUU